AUGCGUUACCUCAGCGCGCACAACAAACAGCUAAGCGAGGAGAUUACUAAUCUGAAAACGCGACUACUCGGGGAUGCUGAGAACCUACGCGACACCUACGAGAAAGAAAUGCGUCAACUGCGACAGAUGCUGGAUGACGCAGAACGCGAAAAGGCUGACAGCCACGCUAGACUGCUCACCAGCCAGCAGACCAAUCGGAACCAGGCCGAUCAGAUAAAUCGUCUACAGGCUGAAAAUGAAAAAGUGUCGAGGAAGUUGGAACAGGCAUUCGACGAUAUGAAUAAACGCGAUGGUGAUCUGGCAAUGCUUCAACGACGACUAGAGGCCAUGGAUGAGGAGCUGGCCAAGGAUCGUCAGGCAUCGGAGAGAGUGAGACGGGAGAACGAGUCGCUCAUGCAGGUGAAGUUUCACUUUCUAGCACAUCACAUUGUUCCUGGUCUUGCAGAUGCAACAACAGUUCACAGCAUGUCAGAUCCCUGUUUAAAAGUACUCCAGAAAAUUAUAAGUGUCAUAGUCAUUAAGGCGUCUUAA